CCCCCACUUCUGUCGUUGUCACUCAUCUUAAUUUCCCCCUUCCCGUUCCGUUCCCUUCCCCGUCGACGUUGGGAGUUCGCCAAACUCCCAGAAGUUACCUCUUCCCUGCAGUCAAAGAAGCCAAGAGACUCAUCAGCAAGCGCCUCAACAAUCACCAAGAGUCUCGCAACCAACUCCGCCACUUCCUCGAGAUCUACGACGACUUGCCGAGCGCCGCCACCGCGACAAGCGCGCAACAGAUCAGACUCGUUCAUUCUGGGUAGCAGCGGAGUCCCCACCAGCUGGAGUUCGAUCUGCCAGAACCACUCCUUUUGACGCAUCGAGGAUCUAAUUGGGAGUAUGGGAUUGUUUGGGUUCUUUAGAUCUAGUUCCAGCCACGAAUCGAAUGCAAAGAGGUGGACAGACCGUUCAACGCGAAAGAAAGCUGCCCUAAAUCGAAGGUAAGGAAGCUCAAAAUGAGGAUGUUGCGCAAAAACACGUUCAUAUGCAAAUUCGACAAUUUUCUUGACCAUCGGAUUCAGCAGGCCCUUUCGAUCUCUACACUCUGGCGGUUGAGAAAGCAAGGCACGGGUUCAAAACCAGAGACGACGGCGCUACAAGUUGAACGGUGGUGGGAGAAAGGGAGACCAUUGGGUUUGCAAUGGACAAAGGAGGCGUAAAAGGGGCUUUGGGUUUGCCAUCACCAUUUCCACCGACGCAGCAAGCGUGGAUCCACAAGGCUAAUCGACCUCUUCUCCGACGAAGCAGCAAGCAUGCUUCCCUUGUAACUGAUGCUUUAUCCCUCCCUCUCUCUCUACCAGUCUCCAGCCAAACCCAUAACCCUUUUAAUCCGCUCAAACCCAUGAACAAAAUCCCCAUAUGCAAAGAGGCAAAGUUGGUGCAAUGGAUAGGGAAGGGGAAAACUUAGAAAAAAUAUUUUUGUGUUUUAAUUUCAAAAUUAAUUAUUUUUAUAACUCAAAAUGACGUGACAAUAAUAUGAUGAUUGGUCGCUAACAUGUGCGAUGAUUUGACAUCCUAGUCAGCGUAACGUUAACCUAACUGACGGAGUUUCUAACACUGUUAAAGUCUCUAACGAAAAUGGCUAGAUUUGUCACACGACCAUCCAUUUUUUAUUUGGCUAUUUUGGAUUUUUCGAUAGUUAUGGUUAUAUUUGUAACAAACGUGAAAGUUAUGACUAUGCAAGUGUAUUUUGCCUAGAAAAUCUAUGUGGAUAUAGGAGUAAAUGCACAUCAUGGAUUUUGACCAUCACAAAAUUCCAACUCCAACCAUUGGAUGUGACCCGCGGGUCGACCCACAGGUUGACCCACUUUGACCCCGACCCGGUGAGGAAAACGGGCUGCACGCACCCGCCGGGUCGACCGCUACAAGGUACCGGGUUGGAGGUCAAAUUGUGUCAUUUUUUUCUUUGUUUUGCGAAAUGCGCCUAUUUUCCGAUUUUUCUUUUCGCCUAACUCAAUCUUUGGAAUCCUAAGUUGAACAUUUGAAUAUUAAUGUUAUAUAAGUGUGUGUGAAUUUUCACUAUAUGUUGAAUAUAAGUACGAAAUGUUAUUUUGGUGUAAUAUUAUAUGUUAUAACUCAUAUGUUAGAUGAGAUUUUAUAUAAUUUAUCAGGAUAAGUACAAUAUAAUGACGCUUUCCAUAUUUCCCGGCUAAACCGGACUAAAACGGAUGACUCAUUAACCCUUGACCCACUAGCUCAACUCUUGACCCACUAGCUCAACCAGGUCCGGGUCAACCCGCGGGUUGACAACUUUGGAUGUAAGUCUAUGGGGUCCACAAAUUUGGACCGACAAAUUUGGCCCUUCAAAAUUCAUGGACCCAAAUAGAUUGGUUCCCUAAAAAAGCCAAGCAAAUAAUGAACUUUCUAGCAAGUCCAUCAAAAAGCGGAUAUGAAUUUAUCCUCUAAGAAUGCCACCAUUACAUACAAAUUCUUUCAAAUCCAAAACCAUCAAAAUCUUGCAACUGCAAAGUCAUUCUAUCCAGACCAUCACAAAGUUAACCCACUUCCCACACUACUUCCAGAUCCCUUGAGAAGGAUCCAUGUCUUGCCGCAAAAGCAUCGAACUUUUGUGUGAAUGAUCUAUACAGUCAUCCCACAUACCUUCCUGGUUCUCCAAACACACAUCUAAAUCUUUUUUGGAUCCCAAAUUAAUAUUCUUCUCCGUACAAGUUGUUCCAUGAAAUCUUGGGGUAAUACAAAUAGAGUGUUGGUUGAUACUCCAAUAUGUCAGAGAAGUAAUUGGGAUUCAUGAUUUUAAACUGUACAACCAAAAACAAAACACUCAAGUGAAAAGUAAGGAUUGAAAAGAAAAAGGAAACAAAGGAAAUGGAUUGCAAUAUAAUAGCAAAAGUAAUAAAUAUCGAAUCCACGGGUCUCUAAAUUUACUAUUACUCAAAUUGAGUUUAUUAUUGAACAAAUCGUAUUCAGGGUAAAACAGUUACGACUACGCUAGAAAACUAAGAAAAUGUAAUCUAACAAAUUAUAAGAUAGGAACUCACUCAUAUAUUGAUCCCCUAGCUACUAGUCGGGCUAAUGAAUGAUGAUUCUCUAACUUGUUUCACUCUUCAUUCAUAAUGUGAAAAGUCUUUAACAAGCCUUAAAACUCAAUUAAAGCAAACACGACCCUCUUGAAUGGACUGCUUAGAUGGACGUAUCCUCAACUAAGACAUAAUACCAAGAUAAUUCAGAACAAGACUUCCUUUACCGAGCAAGACUCUCAACGAAUACAAAGUAAUGAAUUGACUCACUCUCACACAAUCGAUCUCCUACUUCCAAUCUAAAGUGCUCUAUUGACCUAAUUAUGUAUUCCCUCUCAUAUAAUCAAAUUAGAAUCAAUCAUCUUGAUUAAAAGCAUAAAUGAACAAUAAAUAUGCAUAGAUUGAAUAUGAACUCGAGUUUAGCAAGUUAGGCUACUCAUACAAUCAUCAAUCCAAACAAAACCCGACUAGGGUUCCUCAAACCUAAGUAAAGGGAAGUUACUCCAUAGAGAAGAUAUAGAAUGCAUACGAUUGGUAAUCUCCAUUCCUAGGCUUGAUUCUCGAGUUCUAAUGGCGAAAAAAUCCACCAAAACAUCUCAGUAGUUGUUAUGCCUCCUCAUGCCUCGAUGUCACGGUCUGGGUCGUGACUUUAAGGCCCAGUUCGUGAGUUUGGGAGAGAUUUUACUUUUCACACAUUUUGACCUCCACCCAUCUCGAAACUCGCUCAUAAACUUCUUCCACUUCCUAAGACAUGGAAUAUUUUAAAAAUAACACAACCUAACAUAAAAAUGGGCUAGGAAUAGGACGUUCCCAAAAUAAAUUAUCAAUAACAAUCAAGGAAUGAAGGACAAACAUAUGAACAAAUGAGCACUUAUUAAUUGUUAUACUAUAUGAAUGAUUCUAUCAUACAGCAGUCAAAACCUGGUGUAUGUCGUACACCAGGCAAUCUUCACCGUCCGCGUCCAUCUGAAUGACCCAUAUAAAUGAGGUAAUUUAUUUUUUAAUCCCACAAAGAAAAAAAAAGAACCCGCAUUAAUGCUGGCCGUUGAGAUGGCGUAGACAGUGGAGAUUGCUGGUGUACGACAUACCCCAAUAUAUGUCUGGUGUACGAUAGAAGUCACCUAUAAUAUAUAUAUGAUUUUGGUUUCGGUGCACUCAUUUUUUUUUGUGCAUUCAAUGUACUCGUCUCAUAAUCGUCAUUCCGAGCAUGUGAUUCAUGUCAAAACAAUAUUGAUCGUCAUUUGUGAUAUGAUGAACAAGAAACAUAUAUUUUCAAAAAAAAAAAAACUCAUUCAAAAUUUACUUCAAUUUGAAGCAUUGAGGGUUUAGGGAUUUAGGAUUAGGAUUUAUAAUUUGGAAUUUAGGGCUAGGAUUCAAAUAUAAAGAUUUAGAGUUUAGGAUAAUGCAAUAGUUAGUUGUAAUCCAAUAUCAAAUUCAUAUCAUCAUUUCAUAUUAUGUAAUGCUACUAAUUAAAGUUCAAAAUUACAUAUCUUAAUAUUAAUUUUAGAGUUGGGUAUAUUAUAUGCACUUUCUACUCCUUGUAUGGGCUAGUUUGGCAGAAGCAGCUUAUGGCUUGAGUUUUUUGGUAAAGUACUUUUCAAAAAAAGUAGUUGAUUGUUUGGCUGAAAAACUACUAGAAGAAAUUUUUAAUAUAAGAGGUCAUGUAAAAUUACUAAAUUAUGAUUUAUAAUGUAAAAUAUGAAUAAAAACUCUUAAAAAUAAAAAGUAGUCAAAAUGGAUAUUGUUAGAUUUAUUUUAUAUUAAAUAAUAAUAUUUUUUAUUUUAUUUUAUUUUUAAAAUGAUAGAAAUGAAAGAAAAAUUAUAUUUUCUAAAAUAAAAUUAAAAUAUAGUAAUGAUAGUCAUGUAUUUUCAGAACAAUUUUUCGUAGAAAUUUCAAAUUAGAUCUUCUGCUUUUAUGUAUAGAAAAACAAUUUUCAAUUUUCAAAAGCUUAACUUUUAAAGUUGCUUGACCCUACUUCAGAUUUUAACAAGAAAAACACUUCUAAAAUCCGUGAUAUUUAUAGACAACGCUGUCACAAAGUAGCAUGUGCUGUUGAGGUUUCUGGGUAAUUAAAAAAAACGGUGAUAUUUAUGGUACGGUGUACAAUUUAACCGCUAAAUGUCAAAUGAACUGGGAUUAAAUAUCACUGUUAACUAAAGAAAAUACAAUAAAAAUUCCCCAUUUGUACCCCACGUCUAAGCCGGUAAUCCAUAAAAUCAACGCACCGGACAGACGGGAAAAUGUCAGAAAGGGAAGGAGGGAGUCGCGAAAUCAGGAAACUCAUCUUCCGAACUUUCCUAAAUUCAAUUCUCAAAGCUGGAUGCUUCAAGUAUGGAUCUAAAUCCUCACAUCAUGAGGAAGCGACUGCCGUCUCCAAACCCUUCCGAUCACACCUCCACUUCCUUCUCCUCCUCCUCCUCCGUCGUCAAGAGAUUCGGAUCCACCGACGGAAUGAGCGUCUCCAAGUUAGUGGCAGCUCUCAUGCUCGCCUUGCCGGCGAUCUUCUUGCUCUCCGUCGUGUUGCGACGCCCGCAGUUCGAUCUCGGCUUCGGGUUCGCCGACGCUAGAGUUCUCGUGAAUCCAGGGGACGAGCCCAUUGUCCAGAAGGAGGCGUCGGGUGAUGGGAAUGUCAACGAGGUUCUUCGAGCUCAGCUGAAUGCCACUCUUCCUGGCUCAGAAGAUGUCAAAAUUGUUCAACCUUCUAAGAAUGCUGCUGGUGACAAGCUUCUGGGAGGACUUCUGGCUGAAGGUUUUGAUGAAGCUAGUUGUGCUAGUAGGUACCAGUCAUAUUCCUACCGCAAGGAUAGGCAUCGAAAGCCAUCUCCACAUCUCAUUGCCAAGCUCAGAAGCUAUGAAGAACUCCAUAAUCGAUGUGGACCAAACACCGAGCCCUAUAAAAACGCCGUUAAGCUACUGAGGUCAGACCAUAAAGAUGUUGAUUCUUCAGAUUGUAAAUACGUUGUGUGGAUAUCGUACAGCGGUUUGGGAAACAGGAUACUUUCCAUAGCUGCUACAUUCCUCUACGCUCUACUCACAGACAGAGUCCUGCUAGUUGACGAAGGAAAAGACAUGAAAGACCUUUUCUGCGAGCCAUUUCCAAGUAACUCAUGGCUACUGCCAUUGGAUUUCCCACUCACCAAGCAGUUUGACAGCUUCAAUCAGGGAAACUCUCGGUGUUACGGUAAGAUGCUGAAGGAUAAAGCCGUUAACUAUUCAACAAACUCGGUUCCAUCAUAUGUAUACCUCCAUGUAGCACAUGACUAUGAUGCAGAAGACAAGCUUUUCUUCUGUGAUGAUGAUCAAUCUCUUCUCAGCAAAGUGCCUUGGCUUGUAAUGAGGACAGAUAACUACUUUGUCCCUUCACUCUUCUUGAUUACAGCUUUUGAACAAGAACUGGAGAAAAUGUUUCCUGAAAAGGCAACUGUCUUCCACUACUUGGGUCAAUAUCUUUUCCACCCUACAAAUGCUGUUUGGGGUUUGAUCACACGGUAUCAUCAAACUUACCUAGCUCAUGCAGACGAGAGCCUUGGAGUUCAAGUUAGGGUUUUUGAUCCAAGGCCGGGACCUUUCAAGCAUGUCAUGGAUCAGAUUAGAUCCUGCACUCUGAACCAGAACUUGUUACCACGUGUCGACGUGAAGGCCUCUGGUUUCACCUCAUCCAAGAAGAACCCGAAAUCGACUGCAAUAUUAGUAACAUCAUUAAAGCUUGAUUACUCGGAUGAUCUGAGGAGCAUGUAUUGGGAGCACCCAACUUCUAAUGGGGAAGUUGUUGGGGUUUACCAACCGAGUCACGAAGAGUUCCAACAGACGGAGAAGCGAAUGCACAAUAGAAAGGCAUGGGCAGAGAUGUAUCUUUUGAGUUUGACCGAUAACUUGGUCACGAGUGCAUGGUCAACUUUCGGUUAUGUUGCUCAAGGUUUGGGAGGCAUGAAGCCAUGGAUCCUUGUGAAGACAGAGAACGACACGGUUCCAGAUCCGCCUUGUCGCCUAGCAAUGUCCAUGGAGCCUUGUUUUCAUGCCCCUCCAUUGUAUGACUGCAAGGAGAAGAGAGGGACGGACACCGGUGCACAAGUUCCCCAUGUGAAGCACUGUGAGGAUGUGAGUUGGGGGGUUAAAGUGAUUGAUCCUGCGCAUGAUGAGUUGUAGGUAGCUGCUAUUAUUCUUUUCAUCUUAGGUUACCAGUUUUGCAUAGCCGUCAGAACAUGAUUAUCUAUGGUUUCAAUGAGUUUGAGAUAGCAUGAGUGCAUUACAUCCAGAUUUAGCCUUCUUGUGAUUUGGCUUCAUUCGUUAUGACGGAGACUGAUCAUAUUGAACAGCAAAAAGCUCUGGAUUUUAAGUAUUCAUCUCUGAACAUUGAAGGACAUUUAGGCCAGAUUCGUUUAUACAGAUGAACUUAUGUAUGGUACAUGAUAUUGAGCCUAUUUCUGAGAUGUCCAGGGAAGGGACAAAAGCAAGAAGCAAACUGCAUUUGGAAAUUAGAAUCACGGGUUUGCUUCAAUUUAUCCUAGAAUAUGAAGUCAAAGUUCAUCAACUAUUAUACUCAAGUCAUUUUGGAAACUUCAAUUUAUAAUCUUUAACAAUAAAUAACUCCAAGUUUG